UCCCUCCCUCGCGCCUUUGAAAUAUUAUUUGCUCAUUGUGUGCAGCCAGAGAAUAUUAUUGAAGGCCGCCUCCACAGCUAUCGUUCGCCUCGCCGCCCUGCCAUGCUCACGCCACCACGCUGCAGGGCCCAGGGGUGGCGGGUCAGGGGCACCUCAGGGCACGCGGGGUUUGGGUGUUUGGUGAGGACUCUCAGUAAGUUCACCAGAAAUACGUGAAGAGUCCCAGUCACUUUGCCGCACAGUCUUUGUGAGUCCCGAGGAGCCAUUGGGAGUGGAACGGGACGAAACAUUGUGAGCGCGGCCCAUUAUGAUUGUGUCAACCCCCCAUAACAAGAGGAGAUUGCCUCGUCAGUCUCGGCCGCUGAUUGGUGGAGGUUCUGGGUGACGCCCCUGGGCGGAGCCAACCACAAGAUUAAGCUGGUGACCGCAAGAAGGUUUUGCCGCCCGUCAGGGGAAAUGGAAGUGGCGGGCCGCGGCGCCCCUCCCGACCACCUACGACGCCGGCUUCUUCACCUGACACGGAGCGAGUAAUUUUACAGCCGAGUCAUUGUUCACUUCAGAUCUGGCGAUGUUCUGAACCCACUGGUCGCCCCUGAACACGCCCGCUCCGCCUCUCACUGCUCCCUCCCGGCGGUGGCCACACAAAACGGAGGAGUCGGGAGUAAAUGUACUGAUUAAACAACUCAUUCCUGCAACUAUGAUUAGAAGUUAUCAGAGGGAUGCGACAAGACGGGGCCACCAGAGCGGGACGGAGCCGCGGGGGAUGAGCCGCGCGCAAGAACAAGAUUACGUUGUCCCGCCGACUAAACCAACACGGUGGUGGCGGCGGUGUUCAGCGCCCGCGGCGACGAACCAAGGGAGGGAGGUGGAAAAAUACCUCACCAAAUUAUGCUGCCACGGCACAGAGUGAGGCAGAGCCGACGGUCACGAGUGGGCAGGGGAAGGGGUCGCGGAGCCAUUAAUGAGGGGAUGAUGGAGGAGGACGAUUCCUGAGGGCUGAGUCAACUUCAUCAGGUGCUGUGGCGGGCGGUCCCUCUGCCGCCUGCCGGGCGUGGGAGGCGGGCGGGCUACGGACAAAAAAGAAACGUCCCUGGGCUCUGCAUGGCUUCACGGCGCACAGAUCCUGAGGGCGAUGUGGUGCUGAAUCGGGGAGGAGACGCUCGGAUUGAAUUAGCAGCAGGGAUUAAAAAAAUAAAAGAGGGUACGGCCCGGUCCCCCUCUGUGCUUCCCUCUGCCUCCCUCUGCUCCUGCGCUCCCCCACCUCCCCCCGCCCUUGCUCGAGUCUGCUAAUCGUUAGAACAUAAAAAGUCAAGUAAAUAAGUGGAGGUGUUGCGCCCCUGACCCCGCCUCCCGCCGGCCCGACUCCGUUUCCCCCGCCGCGCUGUCACUCAGGCUUCACGCCCCCUCGCCCUCCCUCCCGCCCGCCCUGCCUCACCUCGCCGCUCGCCUCAAAUACCCGAGCUCCUCCAGCCCCAGUCGGGAGGUACAAACAUUUCUUAACUUGUGUUCCUGAUUCCAUGCCGGAGGCUGUGCUCGCCGGAGACGCUGGAGCGGCGCGAGGUAGGCGGGUCGCGGCGACGCCUCCGAGGACACAAGAGGCCGUUGGGGACCGUCGGCAACUCGUCGACUCCCUCCCCCAACUGUCAUGGCGGCGCUCACAGCUUCAUCAACUGAGUUCUCUCUCGCGCGCGAUUUCCUUAAGCAAGAAGCCCUUUUGUAACCCAGUGGCCGGGGCCCUCCUUGGUACUGGCGUGUGGCGGCGUGGCCUCGCCCGAGUGUCGCUGUGAGGAUCGAGGCGGUGCAGGAGGUGGGGAGCGACGCCCGAGCGUGGCGGACGGAGGCUCUGCUCCUACAAUUACUGGGCGGGAAUCGGAGCGGCGGUGGCGGCGGUGGCGGCGGCGGCGGCGGUGGAGUAGUGGCAGGCGGCGGUGGGAGGCUUGUGGCCGCGUGUGGCUGUGCAGAUGUUGGUGCUUAAUGGAGGUUAUUGCAGUGGAUGUGAUUAUGAGAGUGUGUUGUCAGCGAGCUCGUCCACAUCACUGUACGUAGCAGGAGUCCCCGCUCCGCCCCCAACCACCACCACCACCAGCACCACCACCACCACCACUACCACCACCACCAGAGGACGAGGCGGCGGCGCCCCAGGAUACAAGAAGCCGAGUUAUAAUAAAGGCAAUUACCUCACGAAAUUACCUUACGAAAACAAAGUUACUCUCUUGUAAUUCUGUCCUAUCGUGCCGCGCUGGACUUAAGUCUGCUUUACGAGGCACACGGAGGCUGUCUGCUCGCCUCCAUUAGGCUGCUGGAUAACGCCUGGCCAAAUACAUUAAUAAGUAUUAGCAGAGACUGAUCGAGGACGCGGGGAAAGAGACGCGGGACGGAGCAGAGAUAUGAUAAUCUGCUUCCCCACAGCAAGUGAGUGAGCGAGUGAGUCAGUGAUUGAGUGAAAACAUUCUGAAAAGAGAGAAAGAGAUACGAAGAGAAAAAAAGAGAGAAACAUGAGGUAAAAAAGUGACUCUGAGUGAUGAAUGAAGGAGAGAAAGAAAAUAUCAAAAUUCCUCACAUGAAUAAAAACAAACCAAAGUGAAUUACCAAGUGAAUUAUGAAGAUGAAAAGUGGGAGAACUGAAGGACGUAAGAGUGACCGACAUUCCGAGUGUGUCCGCGGCAUGACUCCCUCGCUGGCACACUGACGCCUUGCACUGAAGCGGGGCACCACCAAUUGGAGGCGGCGUGGGCGAGAGGGAGGGUGAGUGGGUGAGUGGAUGAGUGGGGGAGAGAGUGGUGGAGGCUGAGACACCACUGAAGGAAAGAAGGCAAGCAAUGAAGACCUGCCCUCACCUCUGAGUGCCGCUCCUACCUCCUCCUCCUCCUCCUUCAUCCUUUCUCUGCUUUUUUUUUCCUUUCCUAAAAGACAUCUACACAACAGUCUGAGAGAGAGAGAGAGAGAGAGAGAGAGAGAGAGAGAGAGAGAGAGAGAGAGAGAGAGAGAGAGAGAGAGAGAGAGAGAGAGAGAGAGAGAGAGAGAGAGACCUACCAUUAGUUCUGACAAUGGAGUGAUAAAACAGAGUAACUCACCUGUCUGUGUGAGUGCGUGCGUGCGUGUGUGAGUGCGUGUGCGUGUGUGCGUGCGUGCGUGUGUGUGUGUGUGUGUGUGUGUGUGUGUGUGUGUGUGUGUGUGUAUGCACGCGCGUACUAUCUGUGUGUCCAUCCACCUGUACCACCACCACCACCACCCCCUUCCACAUCACACUGCCCCAACACAAACAUUUCCCUCAUCGUCCACUCCACUUCACCCGCUCCACCUGACUCACCCACGCCCAUCGCGCGCCACCGCCCACGCACACACGCCCGCGGGAUGAGUGUGGUGGAGGAGGCUGGGCUACUGAAGGCGCGUGCCACCGACUUCUCCAUCGCUGCCAUCAUGGGCGCGGCGGCAAAGAUGACGCCUUCUGCCAGGGAGGGCAAGUUGUCGCGGACGCCCUCGCCGCGGCCCCUCUCGCUGCCCGACGACGACCAAGAGCCGCAGGAAGUGACUUCCUCCUCGGACGCCUCAAAGGAUGACCCGGACAACGCCACGAGCCCCAAGAGCACCACGUCCUCCUCAGACGGGCGGGACUCUAAGAGGGCGCGGCUGGAGGGCUCCUGUAACUGUGAGGACCUGAGGGGCGUCACCUGCUAUCUGGAGACCAAGGAACUGUGGGAGAAAUUCCACGACCUGGGCACCGAGAUGAUCAUCACCAAGACUGGCAGGCGGAUGUUCCCCACAGUGCGGGCGUCGUUCACGGGACUGAGGAGCGAGGAACGGUACCUGGUGCUUCUAGAUAUCGUGCCCAUUGACAACAAACGAUACAGGUACGCCUAUCACCGGUCGUCGUGGCUGGUGGCGGGCAAGGCUGAUCCGCCGCCGCCUUACCGCCUGUACACCCACCCCGACUCGCCCUACACCGGGGACCAACUCAAGAAGCAGAUCGUCACCUUCGAGAAAUUGAAGCUUACCAACAACGAGAUGGACAAACACGGCCACAUCGUGCUCAACUCAAUGCACCGCUACCAGCCCAGGAUACAUUUGGUGAGGCGGCAGGACGCUGGUCAGGGCCCCAUCUCAGACCUCGACUUGGAGGACCACAAGACUUUCAUCUUCCCCGAGACUGUCUUCACUGCCGUCACCGCCUACCAGAACCAGCUUAUCACCAAGCUCAAGAUCGACAGUAAUCCGUUUGCUAAGGGCUUCAGGGACUCCUCCAGACUCACAGACUUCGAAAGCUGCUCACCCCCACUGACGCUGUCCGUGCCGUGUUGCAGGGAGACGAUGGAGAGCAUGCUGUCGGAGCACCCCUACCUGCGCAACAACCUGGCCGCGGCCUCCAUGGACGCGCACCUGGGCACCACCUCACACCUGAGCCUGGAGGAGCGGGCCGUCUUCGCUGCCCGGGCACAUAUGUUCUUCCGCUCCUCCCACACCUCCACGCCCACCACGCCCACCACCUCCCACGCCACCACCUCCUUAGCGCCACACUCGUCCUCCUUCCCGUCGCGCGGGCUGCCCUCCGGCGGCCUGGCACCGGGCCUGGGCUCCGGCGUGGGUGGCCUGAGUAACCUGCCGCCCGCCAUCUCACAGCUUUACAACCUGGGCACGGGAAGGACGGCCUCCGCGCCGCCCCAGGUCAACCUGCCGCUGCAGCUGUGGUCGCAAUGGGCGGCGCUGCACGGCCUCAAUCAGGUAAACGCCACUCUGCUGGCCCACCACGCCUCUCUCACCGCCGCCGCCGCCGCCAACAACAACACACCGUCAGGCAUCGGGGCCACUUCGAGGGAAAACGGCGCCGCCGCCUCGCAGUCUAGCGGUGGAGGGGGCGGGGAGGGAGGCGUGAGGCUACCACGCCCUAUCUACCCGCCCCUCGCCCCAGGCCUGCAUCGCUUCGCCCCAUACUUCUACCCUAAGGGAAGCUCCUCCCCUACAAACCCCAGGCCGGGUUCUCCUGAGGCCCGACCUCCACCCGAAGGCUCGCCGGGGCAGCCAGCCUGAGCCCGGCCAACGCUCCCACACCCACGGGAUACAGCAGACCCCAGACCUCACCUCACGCCCUCUGGACCUCCUCACGGCAGCCCUGCAAUCACCUUGACGCCUGGACACUCACACCAGCCCUUCCCAGAGAGGAGCGGCGCCUUCCAGCGUGUCCCUCACCGCGGGCACCAGAGCCCAGGGGCGCCUGAGGGCGGUCACUAGUGGCGCGGGGUGUACGUCACGAUGCCUCGCGUUAGGCGUCGGCACAUCCCAAGUGCUAUGGGUGUGGGGCGUUCAGUCUCUUCUCGGCACAGCGGCCAUGGCGGCUCAAGUGCACCUACAUGCAGCAGGCCACAGACAGUGGCCCCAUUGUGGCCCGGGAGAGCGGCAACAGAAGGGGUCGGUGCUUGCCUCCUAUGACCCUUAUUAGGAGGCGACAGAACUGCAUGUGCCUGCGCCAGGCCCAACUAGUAACACAAACCUAGAUUUCAGUGUUAAAUCUAGCCUUUGUGACGAGGCCUCUUGUGGCAGUCCGGGUCACACCUCUGGCCAGGGAGGUGCGGCUACGGCUGUCGACUGUUCACACCCUGAGACCCCUAGUGUCCCUGAACUGUAUUUGUAUGUGUGCGCGGCUGCGGGCGCGUCCUACCUGCACUCAGUAUCAUCCUCGCAACAUUUUAGCCGUUUAGUCUUGGAGGCUCAGGAGCAGCGGGAGCCUUCGCGUCGUCAGCGGCGGCGCAAGAUGAGUUAUAGUGUUCGCAUAUACCUGUACCUAGACAUUACUGCCUUUAGUCCACCUGGAACUCACCUGGGUUCUUUCAUUCUACAUUCCAUAGGUUUACACAGUGUUUUGUCAAUGAUGUGCGGAUUGAAUAGUGCUUCAACAAUCGGAAAACUUCAGUGACACACAAAAAUGCAAGUGCACUGUACUAAACAAGACAGCAUUAUGUGCACCAAUAAAAAAUAAUAACAAAAAUGUAGGAAAUUGAAGAAAUUCUCGGACUAAACCUCUCCCUCUCUCUCCUCCUUCUCUCCUUUUUGCAACACUCACUGCGGAGACUGUGCUGUGUGGUGGAGGAGGACAACGUGGGAGCAAAAGUGAGGGGAAGUGUGAGAGAGGGAAACAGGGAGACAAAGAGAGAGAGAAGGAGAGAAAGGAAGGGAAAGGGAAUGAGAAGCACCAGAUGACACAAGCAUUAAAAAAAAAAAAAAAAAAAAAGAAGCAAAAUAUCACGUGUGCCAAAAUUGAAAGAAAAAAAAAGUCAUCAUAAUUCAUUUGACUCUGAGAUUGAUUCCAAAAUUCUUCAAAGUCACACACAAAAGAAAAAAAAAUGAGAGUUGAACGUGAUUUCCUUAGGUUACUCUUUCCUCCUUUACUUCUUUGUCCUUCUUUCCCGCAAGACACCCACCCGCACGUACCCACGAUAGACGUAAUGGUAAGGCACUGAGGGAGGAAAAUCAAAUCCAGGAGCUACGUACAUUUGAUUAAGGCGUGUAGGUGAGGCAGGUGAGAAAAGAUUGAAACAGGUAACGAUAGGUAAAAAUCUCUCUCUCUCUCUCUCUCUCUCUCUCUCUCUCUCUCUCUCCUCAAUGAAAAGUUUACUACGGAGAUUAAAUAAUUCUCCUCUAAAUUCAGUUUCUGCCAAGGAUUUAAUCUUUUUUCACUAUACUAAGACACGGCAGUAUUCCACUCCGUGCUAUGCCAUUCCACUAUCGCAGCUUGAUCUGUCUUUAAUUGGCAAUACGUUAAUGGCUCCGUACUUCAGCAGUGAUGCCGCAGUGUAAUCUAAGCCAUCUUUAAUUAAUCACUGACAAGGUUAUUUAUAUUUGUUAAUUUUGUUCCAUUAGAGCAGAGAAGUGAGACGUAAGUAUUCCACGCAUUGCUUACGCCCUACUUUGUCUUCUUCCUACUGGGGACCGCCUUGCUUCCCACUCUCACUGCCAUCACUCUUGAGAGAGAGAGAGAGAGAGAGAGAGAGAGAGAGAGAGAGAGAGAGAGAGAGAGAGAGAGAGAGAGAGAGAGAGAGAGAGAGAGAGAGAGAGAGAGAGAGAGAGAGAGAGAGAGAGAACUACAGAUUUCUAUGUAGCUGUUUGUAUAUAUACUAAGCUGUAAGUCGAAAUGAAAUAUUAGUAACAUUACUACUACUACUAUUAAUAUUAAUACUAAUACAAUAAAUGAAUAAAUAAUAAAAAUAAUAUUAACAAUAAUAAUAAUAUUAGUAAUAAGAAUAAUAAUAUUUGGUGGUUCAGAAUAGUUUUGUAUAGACCUCAGUACUGUGUGUGUGUGUGUGUGUGUGUGUGUGUGUGUGUGUGUGUGUGUGUGUGUGUGUGUGUGUGUGUGUGUGUGUGUGUGUGUGUGUGUGUGUGUGUGUGUGUGUGUGUGUGUGUGUGUGUGUGUUGACGUAUGAGCGGCUGCGGUUCGCCUAAAGCAUUGCCGCGUGUCACUUGUUUUUUUCCUCUACUUUACUACUCCCAUAAUAAAGAAAAGAACACAGAA